AGACGCUAGGUUUAUAACCAACACAAGUAAUGAGGUUUCUCAGUAAUCACUUCGCAGAGACAUCGACUAACGCUCAGCUGCGUUUAUGCUCUUGAACACAACGUUGGAUCAGAAAGCCCAGAGCACAUUGCAAAGAUGGCAGACAGGAAGCAGAGCCCCGAGGAGGUACUGGCCGCUCUGGCUGAAGAAGAUAGCGAGGCAGACUCUCUGGUCGACUCGGCGUCGGACGACGAGGACCUCCUGCAGCCGGAGAGACGCUCGCAUCAUGAUGAUUCACCAUCGGAAAGUGAUGAAGAGUACGAGACUCAGCCAUCAUCUUCCUCACCUGGAUCUGAAUCACCCAAAGACACGCAGUCCAAAGGAAAAGGAAACGCCUCUUCAAACCCCAUGAAGCGUGUCCGCAGGUCUCCCCGAGGUGGGUCUCCAGCCCUCAGGUGGCGCAGCAGAGAGGAGAAGGACAGAGGACCAGAGCCUCGGAGGUUCAUGCCAGCCAGGGUCCCCGGCCCCGCGUUAGACCCCAGCGCAGCGUGGUCGCCCCUCUCUCUCUUCAGACUGUUCUUCAGCCCCUCUGUGGUCCAGAGGCUCGUCGACAACACCAAUGCAAACGCCCUGAAGAGGUCACAGGCUGGAAAGAAGUACGUUUGGAAAGAGCUGACUGUGAGGGACUUCUAUAUCUUCCUGGCCAUUACCAUUCUCUCGGCCCUCGUCCACGUUGCCCACAGAUCAGACUACUGGUUGAAGAAAGGUCUGUACGACUUCCCAUUCGCCGCUGAGAACAUGUCCCAGGAACGCUUUGAAGCCAUCCUGUGGUCGCUGCACAUGAGCGACCCUGAAGGAGACGAGGAAAACGAGCGCAAGAGUAACACCGCCGAGUACGACAGACUCUUCAAGAUCAAGCCCCUUUACACGGACAUCAUUGCUGCCUGCAAAGCACACUUCCAGCCCUAUCAGAACCUUUCAAUAGAUGAGAAGAUGGUGGCCUUCAAGGCCAUGGAGCCGCAUAUGAGAGACCAGCCCAUAAAGUGGGGGUACAAGCUGCUCGUGCUGGCGGACUCCUCAACGGCAUACACCUGGAACUUCUCUGUGUGUACGGGGGAGAGUGAGUCCACUACAGGCCGUGGACUCAGCUACUCCUCCGUGAUGGACCUCCUGCCCCUCCCUCUGCUCGGUCAGGGCUACACACUCUUUGUGGACAACCUUCACACCAGCCCUGCCCUCUUUAAGCAUUUGUCCACGAAAAACAUUGGCUGUUGUGGGAUCAUUGGAAGAAAUCAAAUUGGCUUUCCACAGACUGAGUUGAAUGAACUUCCGAAAAAGGCUGAGAGGGGAGAUUUGCGGUGGAUAAGGAGAGGAGAGCUCCUGUUCGUCAAGUGGAUGGACAGCUGGGAAGUGUGCAUGUGCUCCACCGUGCACGAGGCCUUCAGCGGACAGACUCUCAGGAGGAAGGUGAAACGGGCUGGUGAGUGGCAGAUUAAGACUGUUCCCGUUCCUGACGCUGUGGUGGACUACAGGCAAAGCAUGCGCGGCGAGGACGUGUCCGACGUGAACUACAGCGCUCACCACAAAACAAAGAAAUGGUACAAGACUUUUUUUUACCAUUUUCUGGAAAUUUCCGUGGUGAACAGCUUCCUUCUCCACGAGGAGCUGCUCAAGGUGAGCAGUGACCCCGGCAGGACGAAGCCACACACCCUGAAGUCCUUCAGGGAGCGGCUGGCUGCAGACAUGUUGGAGUUUGCUGAAGGCUGUGCAGCACCAUCACUGCUCAAAUGCAUGCCCAUGUUUUAUGGGGAAGAUGGCACCCAGUCCAGGAGGUACUGCAGGAGGUGCCAUGAUGCUGGCUACAAGAGGGUGAAGACACCUGUCUACUGCAGCAAGUGCCUGGUCCCUCUGUGCCUCACUGCCAAGAAGAACUGUUACAUGGAGUGGCACCUCAACACUCGCAUCCAGGAUGCAUAAUGGUCUGCCAGUGUGUCGUUUUCACCUACCUCUAAAAUGAGUGGAUUUCUUUUAUAUUGUGUUUAAUGUUUGAAAUAAAUCUGCUCCAGUUGGAGUCAAACUUC